GUCGUGAAAGCCUGAUUAAAUGACCGACAGAUUGUGCAGCAGAACUGCAGGAUGCUUCCAAUGACUGGACCGGGCCUUCAGUCUCCGCUCAGAACCAUCAGUGUUCUGCUCGUCCAUUUUCUCCUAGCACACUUGUGUAGAGGUCAGUCUCAGUUAAUCGGUUCACCUCAGCCAAUAGUGGCAACAAUUGGCGCUGACAUCAUUUUGCCGUGUCAUCUGGAACCUGCAGUGGAUGUUACUGCCAAGACAUUUGAGUGGACGAGACCGGAUCUGAACCCCGGAUUUGUCUAUUUGUGGCCUGCUGGUCAGGACUUUGUAAAUGUAAAAAAUCCAGCCUAUAAAGGAAGAACAUUGAUUGCUGGUGAAGUGAAGCAUGGAAACAUUUCACUGAAGCUCUCCAAAGUAAAGCCUUCCGAUGAGGGGAGAUACAGAUGCUACAUUCCAGAUCUGACUGUAGACUCUUUCACUGAGCUUGUUGUUGUAUCAGAUACUGCCUCCUUGCCUGACAUCAGUUUAUCGGGGAUCGACAGAAACAGAGGAGCAUUGAUCUUAAACUGUGACUCUAACAGCUGGUAUCCAGAGCCUGAGGUGGUCUGGCUGGACGGUGAGGGAAACCUCCUCUCUGCUGGACCUACAGAGACAGUCAGAGGUCCUGAUGACCUCUAUACUGUCAGCAGCAGAGUGACUGUGGAGAAGAGACACAGCAACAACUUCACCUGUAGAGUCCAACAGAAGGGCAUCAACCAGACCAGAGAGACACACAUCUAUGUAAUAGAUGAUUUCUUUGAGAUCCACUCCAGUUCUGCUGUUCCCAUCAUUGUCGGUUUGGUUGUUUGUUUGGCUGUUUGCAUCGUGUGUAAUCUGUUACUUGUUUUCUUUGUGUUGAAGAUCAAGAAAAGUCAUGGAGAGAAAAACUGUUCUAAAGAAAACAUAACUGCAGAGAGAGAGACGCUGAUGACAGAUAGAACAGUGAAGAGCAAACGUCAGAGUUACACCAGCUCGGCCAGUCAGAGCUCAACCACAGCACCUGUUGUUGAGGUCGACCUGCGGGGCAAAUAUAUUCGUCUCAGAAACUGGUCCAAUGAGGAGCAACAACUGGGAGGAUGGAGGUUAGAAGUCCAGUUAAAUGAGACAGAAUCCAUCACGCACACAUUUGAGAACUCAUUCAUACUACAGGCUGGAAACACUGUCACUUUGCGAGCUCCAGGUUAUGGUUGCCGUUAUGACGACAUUGACCUGGUGUGGAAGGACCUGAAGUUGAGCCCUGGAGACAUACUGCAGGUCGCCCUCAUCAGCAGCACUGGAGACAUUCACCAUAACUCAUAUCAGAUUAUCUAUUGAAGAUAAUAAUUAAUCCCGCUCUCAUGUCAUGAUUCGGACCUUCCUGCAGAAACACAUAUUGUUGUUGUGAACAUUAAUAAUAAUUUAAAGUGCUGUGACAUGGAAAGCUGAGAAUUGUAUUAUAUUCUUAUUAUAUCAUCAAUCAAAAGUCAGCUAAUGCAGGUACACAGCAGACGGUUUAAUGUGAAUAUUUAAAAAGUGACUUGAUAUUCUGUGCUUACAAAUCCCUCUAGACACAAUUUACCAUUUAAACUCUAUCAACCGUAAACCAAACCUCCUGAACUCCUCUUCUACAUACACACAUUUUCUAAGGUGGUUCUAAGAAGCUCACAUUAUCACCAGCACCUGUUGAGUCUAAAACAAAACACAGAACCAGACAUCCUUAAAAAUAGUUCAUGUAUCAGUCAGAACCUCUGUGGCUACAGGUCAGAACGACGGGGUUUUUGAAAAUAUCGUGACAGACUGUACAUUUGAGAUGCAUCUCUGAUUUGGAAGCCAUUUUGUCUCCGAGUGAAUCUGAAACCAGAGCAGAGAGAGAAAGAAAAUGUAGAGCUACUCCCCUCUGUAACAAUUUAAUCCAAUAAUAUAUAUAUAAUAGUGGGCAAUGCAAAAUAAAAGCAGUUGGUGCAAUGUAGACUUUAAACCCAAUGUCACUCAGAAGUCUUGAUACACAGUUUGAAUCAAUUCAGCAGCAAAAUUAGAGAAUAAAAAUAGUUUACCUCCCAAAUUGAACUAAUGUCAGUGUGUUGACUCUCUAGCACAGAAAUGAAUCGGUAAUGUAGAUUUAAGGCGGUGGGAGGGAGCUAACGUUACUCACUCAGUUAGUGAACAAUAAAACAAACAGUACCUGGCAGCCGGUGCUGCUCUGUAGCUGCUGUUUCCCUCCGCGUUGGUUAGCGAAUGUAUUUAAUAAUAAUAAUAUUAAUAUGCCACCCAGCCUCUGCUCAUCUUCUCCGGCUCACACAACACAACAAACGUCGCAGAAUGAGUGCAUAAAGUCGUCUGAGCGUUGUGUCCACAGUUCAAAUCAUCACAACUCUGACUUCCGGCGGUUUGGUUUGUUACAGAUAAUGUAACGUUACAUGGAUUUAAAUUUAAAAAAAUGCAGGUUUUCAUAAUAAGUCAGUCUUAUCUUGUAUGUCAUUUUAUUUUAAAUGAACUUACCCUAUGUUAAAGUUUUUUUUUUUUGGCUACCAUAAUAUAAUUUUGUUGAACAUUUUUGGAAAUAAAGUAGACAAAAGUUACACAAUGUAAUAAACAAAACUUACCGUGUUGUAAAACUGAAAAUAAAAGCACCAGGGGAAGAGUUUAGGGAUGUUUAUACAAGAGGAACGACACAAAUUGUGCUUUAAUCUCAUAAUGUAUGAGAUUAUUGAUUCUGUAAAUAGAUUACUCAGCAUCUUACUGAUAUAUUACUUUAAUUAAAACUUUUAUUUUUCAUUACCUCACAUAA